AUGUUGUUAGUGGAAUAAACGAGUGGCAACUUAUUUUGAUAACUUAUCCUAUCAUUAAAAAAAAACGUCGUCUUGUUCGAAUUUCUUUAACUUUCAAUUGUGAAGAUACGGUGAAGUAUGCAAAUAAAUUCAUUACCAGGAAAAUUACAGUAUCAAGAGCACCACAUUUAAUUACCAAUGUGAUAAGACCACGUCGUCAUGUAUUGGUUAUCAUUAAUCCCUUUAGUGGCCAGAAACGUGGAUUAAAAUUAUGGGAAGAACAUGUUGAACCAGUUUUACAAAUUGCCGGCAUUAAUUAUGAUAUUGUUAAAACAGUUCAUCGAAAACAUGCAGUUGAAAUAGCAAGAAAUCUUAAUCUCGAUAAUUACGACGCUGUAGCUGCUGUUAGUGGUGAUGGAUUGAUACUGGAAGUAAUAUCAGGUUUUCUGAUACGACAGGACCGUGAGCGGGCGCUAAAGAUGCCGUUAGCGCAUAUACCGGGUGGUACAAGUAAUGGACUUGCAGCUAGUAUAUGCUUUCAAUGCAACGAACCAUUCCCACCACGUGGAAUUUUUUGUACCGAAAUGGCUUUGAUGUUAGCGCGGCCACGUUAUCUUCCGUUACGUAUUAGUCAUGUACAGACGGAACACGAUGGUAGCAAGGCAAUGUUCAUGUCGCUUAGUUGGGGCCUUUUUGCUGAUAUUG